AAUCACCCAACAGGAAGAAGAGGCGGGACUUCCUCUGUUAAAGUGAACGUCUUGAGGUGCGUGAGUUUCAGCAGGUUGACUGGUUUGAUUGAGGUUGGAGAGGAAAGCAGGUACUCCAGAAGAGUAAAGCUGUGUUUGCGGUUUGACAGCUGGACGUGAUCUCGAGAGGAGAAGCCCCAUUGUCGGGGUGCACAGCUGAUAAAGAAAGGGGUCAGGAUACUAACACAAAGAAACACCCCUGACAAAUCUCCAUUUGCAUCAAGGUGUCAGCCAGAAUCACUCAGGCGCAACAAAUGUUUGCUUUUCUCCACAACAUGGAUUUUGGGGUCUGAGCUACAAAAAAUAUAAGAUGCCCUACAGCAACAAAGAGCUAGUUGAAGAUUUUAUAAGCUAUAAAUUAUCUCAGAAAAAUUUUUCAUGUAACCAGUAUUUCGGAGACAGUAGGACUGCCACACCAGGGACCUCCACUCCUGAGAAUGAACAAGAUGUGCUACAUGUCAAUGGCUCUGUCAGUGGAACAGAAAAUGGAGGCAGCUCUUCUGCAGACCACUCGCCUGAUGGUAUCAGAGCAGUAAAAGAGGCACUCCAUGACUCGGGGGAUGAGUUUGAGUUGAGGUACCGGGCUGCUUUCAGUGAUCUCUCAUCCCAGCUGCACAUCACCCCAGUUACCGCUUACCAAAGCUUUGAGCAAGUUAUCAACGAACUCUUCCGAGAUGGGGUGAACUGGGGACGUAUAGUGGCACUCUUCGCAUUUGGUGGUGCUCUGUGUGUGGAAUGUGUGGAGAAGGAAAUGGGUUCUUUGGUGAAACGCAUAGCUGAAUGGAUGACCACCUACUUGGACAAUAACCUAGAUCCCUGGAUCCAGAGACAAGGAGGAUGGGACACGUUCGCCAAAAUCUACGGGAGCAACGCGGCUGCCGAGUGCCGGAGGUCCCAGGAACGUUUCAGUAGGUGGCUGUUGGCAGGAAUGACUCUGGCUACUGGCCUGAUGCUGGGCUCCUACUUCUUCCACAAACGCUUGUAGAAAUGAAUACGACGUGGUGCACAGGAUGGCAGAAGGAUGGCCACACCGUGACCUUGAAGGAAUGCCAAGUAGAAAAUGUGUUGUAGCGUUUAAAAGGAAAAAAAAACAAAAAAAAUGUACAAUUUUCAUUUCUGUGUUCUUCUUGCUCGUACUCAAACCAAAUUAUUUUCAGUAGUCUCAUUCCAGAAAAGAUGCCUAAAACAAAGUUUUAUAAAGUAUAUAGAUUCCUUAUUUUAAUGUACAGCAAGUAAAUGGUGGUGAUGCAUUUUUUUUUUUUUUUAACCAUUCUGUUUGUGGCUUGAAAGACUUGACGUUAAUUACUAAUGAUGCUGUGACACGUCUAGAGCUUCCAGAGGGGCAGGCAGUAAAGCAAUGAGUGGAUUAGCAGAAUGUAAAGUAUUGAGAUGUGAGGACACUUUAAAGGUUGGGCAGUCUUUUCUCUUUAACAUUCAGUUCAUACACUAAAAUCCAAGGGGUACUUUUUGUUGUUGUUGUCCUUUCUAACUCCUUAAGAGUAUUCAUCUUAACAACUUGCCCAGACAAACCUGUUACAGAUGUUCAUUUUGCACCAAAGCAUCAGAUGUCUUAAGCUUUUCAAGCGUUUCUAUACACAGACUUGUGAUUUACAGACCUGGAGUUUUGUUCUAUUUUUGCUCAUUUUAAAAUGUUCUUUACUUCAGGUGAUUUAAAAUAAAAACAAAAAAACCAACUGUUCUUAGAGUUACAAUCGUAGAACGUAUUUUGAUUUAAAUUAUCGAGCGCAGUCAUUUUAUACUUUAACUGUAGACCAGGACCGCUCGUCGCUCUGUUAGAAUAAGAGAUCGCAUUUAGGAAUGGAAGGUUUUAUGGAGUUGUGCUUCACCUUGGAUUUAGGGAAUGAUGUGACCUGACUAACAAAUUGAAGUAACAUCUGGAUUUAUUGUAAAACAGUGUUGUAAGAGAUAUGCCAAAUGUUUCUCCGGUGAUGAAACUGCAAAGCGGUGAUGGAAGACUCGUUCAUUAGGAUGAGGGGAACACACUCACAGCAUCCAGAACACUACACGAAAAAGAGAAAAAUGGAAAGCAGCGUUCAAAAUGUAGCUAUAGAAGCACAUGCAUGAUGAUCUAAAUAAAAAAGAUUGAAUUCAAAGUAUCCAGGUUGUUUUAAUCUUUCACAUCGCACUUUUAUUAUUAUUUUUUUUUUUCUUUCUAAAUAGUGAUUUCCACUUCCGUUUUUGCUUUUUAGACUUCUUGGUUAUGUCUCGAACUUCACGGACACGCCAUUUCAUCACUGUUCCUCUUUUUGAACACAAAUUAUGGCAGUUUAUUCACCGUCCAGUUUGAUCACCAACGUCCAGGCUCGUUAUUGAAACGUUCGCACCGCCACUUCCAAGUCUGUUCGCUUCACGUGGUGAUUUUUGUCUCUCGUCUCGCACGUAAGAAUAUUUUACUAGUGAAACAUGCACCAGAUGAUGCCUUUCUCUGUAUUGUUGCUCUCGCAGUAACGAUUUCAUUUCCGCCUACGUUUUUCGUCAGAACACUACCCGUGCCAUUUAUCGUUUGUCCCUUUUUUUUUUUUUUGCCAUGCGUGCUAAUGAGUAAUAAACAGUCCACCAAUCUAUGCAAACUUCUCUGAUCUGACUGGCUGCAAACCCGAAUGAGUGAAAAACCUUUUGUCCUUUUCCAUAAAUCAAGAGACCACCGAAUUUAUUGGGGUGGGGGAUGGGAGACAAAUAAAAACAUUAAAAUGAGCAAAAUGGACAAAUAAAUAAAGUGCGAUCGACACAGCACCCCCACCCCAUGUGGAGGUGAAAGGCUUAUACGAUUUAUACACAAAUGUUUUCGGGAAAGAAAAUUGCUUUUUAUUUAUAUAAAUAAUGUUUUAAUGUUACAGCUGGUUCUGAUUUUAAUAUUUUGUUUUGGGGUAAUUAAUUAUAUUGUGUUCUAAUUAAUCUUUUUGCUUUUCUUGAUUUACUAGACUUAAAAUCUUCAUGCUGUAUUUUUUUUUUUUUUGUGUGUGUGUAAUUUGCCCCAUUUUUUUUUUGUAAAUAUUAUACAAAUGUCUUACUUUCAUACUUUUGAAUGAAAGAUGCAUCAAUACUUGAGCUUGCCUGUGCACCAGGUGAGCAGCGAGUUGCCAUUGUAGUCAGAACUGUCCCGUCCACUUCGCCUAUGAAGUGUAAAAAAAUUUGAUGUUACAGUUCCAACUAAAGCUCAUUGAAGUUCCAUUAUUGUUUAUAGCAAUGGGCACAUUGUUGUACAGAACAUUCAAGAAAUGCCCUUCCAGUUGUAGUUUUAACACAGACAAGUUUGCCAUUAGCUGCCCUGGCACAUUACCUUCUCCUUAAAUUCAACUUUAACUGCACUCCCCAAAACCAAACAGCCCCUCGUUCACUUGGAACACGUCCCAGAGUCCUCUUCCUCUCUGUUGUCCUCUUCGCGGUGUCCCUUGAACAUGAAUGAUGCUGGCUGCUGGUGGGCAAGUCUGUUCUUCACACUGCUGCUUCCCCCAAUGUAGCGGCACACUGGCAUGUAGCUCAACUAAACCUCAGUGCAUUGUAACGGGAUGGCACUCAUCCUUGAAUCCACAACCACGUUCUCCUUUGUUAAGGCUAUCUCAACUACGUAGUUAGGUAAAUCCCGAUCUGCAGAAGUUUUCUGUUAGAGAAGGCCUUUGGUGUUUUGUUCUUUUUUUGGUUUUGUUUUUUUGUUCUGUGUAUUUUCACCUGCACUAUGUUCCAUUGAACUUAAUUUCGUUUGUCAGCGUUUUGACUUUUUUCUGUCUCGUCAAAGCCAGACAGAAGAGCUGCAUUUUAGAGUAAUUCUGCUUUUAAUUUAAUAAAAAAUUAUAGACCAUAAA